GCCUGAACAUAGGACUGAGAUUGUCUGUUAAGACAAGACAUGACAAGACCGGACACAUCAGUCCUGCUUGAACAAAUCAGCCUCCAAUUGGGAUUUCUGACGCUUACUACUCAGUCAUGCAGUCUGAAGGCGAAGUCCAGUUUUCCCCGAAAACUUGGCUUCCAUUCAGUAUUUGUGACUUGUGUGUCCGUUCAAUUGACGCUAACAUCCUUCGAGCCAUACUCAGCACCUCUAAAUCAUGGGAGAGCAAGGCUUUAUUGUAUUUGGAGUUCACCUGUGUAGAUCAAACAUUGAUGAGGAUUGGGGAUUGGAAUGCCAACCAACAGAAGGAAAUAAGCCCCAAUUAAGAGUGACCCAAACCAAGAUUGAAUCGCCAGCUUCCAUGGAAAUCAAGGUUGGAGAUAUCAUCACUGAGAUCAACGGGAUCUCCUGUGAUGACCUGAUUGUGGAGGACGUUAUGGCCGUUUUCAAAUCAUCCAAAAAUGAACUGGAGCUCAAAGUGAAGCGGGGUGCCAAUGAGGACGGAAUAGAUCACAAUGGAUCCAAUUUGGUGGAAGAGAACUCGAGCCGAUUUUACCUCACUUGAUGAAGCAGGACUCCAUUUUGUCCACAAACACUACGACAGGGGAAUCAUGAGCCCAUGAAAAUAACAACCUUGUGUCAAAAUCCUCGUGAAAGUUUUACUUCUAUACCAACAUGUCCCACAUUAAACUCAAUAAACCUGUGGACUCUU